GAAAGUUUUAAAAAUCAUAAAUAUAAUGUAUAAAUCUGUUUUGAUAAAUUUUACAAUAUUUGUUAUAUUUAUCUAUGUAUUUCGUUUGUACAGUUUUGUACUACGUUUUAAUGAAAUUAUUGACGAUCACGAUCGUAUGCAUAAUGUAAUCGUCUUGUAGUUUGUGUAAAAUAACGAUCUCAACAGAAUGACAUAUUAUUCGAAUGAUUUAUUAUGUUGUUUGUAAACUAAUUCUUAUUCCAGUGCGCAACGGAUAUUCAUGUGUUCCUGUCGCUUUGGCUGAAGGACUGGACAUUAAACUAAACACUGCAGUCAAACACAUCCAUUACGGUCCCAACGGCGUCGAAGUAUCCACUUACAAUCCGCGUUCUAGCAACGCUGCUGGACAAACCUACAAAGGUGAUGUCGUUCUCUGCACAUUGCCCCUGGGAGUAUUAAAACAAUCGACCAAUCAAAAAACUGAAUCGCUUCCUAAUACUAUUAAAUUUUCGCCGCCAUUGCCCGAGUGGAAGGUUGCUGCUAUUCAACGUCUUGGUUUUGGAAAUUUGAAUAAAGUCGUCUUGUGUUUUGAUCGAAUUUUUUGGGAUCCCAACGGAAAUUUAUUUGGACACAUCGGUACUACCACUUCCAGCCGAGGAGAACUGUUUUUGUUUUGGAAUUUGUAUCGAGCUCCCGUUCUUUUAGCUUUGGUGGCCGGCGAAGCUGCUAAUGUUUUAGAAGAAGCUACGGAUGAUGUUAUUACAGCCCGUUGUAUGUUAGUAUUGAGAGGUAUAUUUGGCACUGCAAACGUUCCAGAUCCUAAAGAAACUGUCGUGACACGCUGGAGAUCUGAUCCAUGGGCUAGAGGAUCUUAUUCUUUUGUAGCCGUAGGCGCUUCUGGAUCUGACUAUGACUUACUAGCUGCUCCCGUAUCUGCUACACAGUCGGAUAAUUCAGACGAGCCACCAGCAUUGGAUGGUAGUGAACGAAUUUUUUUCGCAGGUGAGCACACCAUACGAAAUUAUCCAGCUACGGUACACGGUGCUUUUCUAAGUGGACUUCGCGAGGGCGGUAGAAUUUGCGAUAAGUUACUAGGAUGCCCUUAUGCGGUUCCUAAAUCUCCUUAAUAAACGGUUUCCUUAUUUCAAUACGUCAUACACACUAUAAUUUUUUCA